UCUACACUGACAACAGAAAGAAAAUCAACUUCCAAUAGUAACUCAAAAACAUCACAUAAAUAUUUAGGAUUGGUUUAUGAAAACAGUAUAUUGACUUCAAGAAAUAAACAUGGAUGUUCAGCGUGGACAUUGCUGGCGUUGUGAAGUUCAACUUGAACAGACCAUUCACUGUCCUGAUUGCAAGAUGGCGGAGUAUUGUAGCACAACAUGUGAACACAGAGACAGAGUUAGACAUAGGAGUAGAGAGUGCCCGUUAUUUGGAACAAGAUCAUGCAACAAAUGCAAUAAGAAGGGUACAAUGAAACAGUGUGGAGGUUGCAACUACGCAUGGUACUGUGACAAGGAAUGCCAAAGAAGUGAUUGGGCCAAUCAUAAGAAGUUAUGCAAGAAGACAAAGGCAGCUAUAUCAACAGUAGCUGAUAAACUAAUAUGCUUACAUCGGCAUUUAAAACUUUUACAAUUUCCAUUGAUAAACAGACUUGGGGAUUUCCCUUAUUAUUUUGGAAACACUAUUUCCAAAGACUUCCUUCAACUAGAAAACAAUGAAUGGUCUGAUGGGUCAAUGAAGAAAACUGACUUGAACAGGGACUAUCAUAUUUUGUCAGCUGGUUGCGGAGACUUACGCAAUACUGUCUUGACAGCAGCUUCCCUCCCUGCCAGGUACCAGGGAAGUCUUUACAUCACUCUCAAUGACUUUGACCCUUUUGUCAUGGCAAGGAAUGUCUUGUUUCUCUUUAUGUUGGUUCGGUUUGCAGACACUGAGGGAAUUGAGAGCAGUCUGACUACCAUCUGGUAUUCAGUUCACAUUACAAAGAAAGAGUAUGACCUGAUCAAGACCAGCUUGGAUGAGCUCAUUCAGAUGACCCCUCAAAGUCUCACAGAGGUCACUCAAGGGUUGGUCAAAGUUCAAGGUAAAGAUCUUGAAGUCAUGAGUCAAGUAUGGGACAAAUGGAGAUCCUUAGAAUGCCAACGAAAGAAACAAUCCUCAAUCAAUCUCAGAAAACAAAGACAAACUGCAUUUCAGAGAUUUAAAGAUAAAGAAGGAGAUGUCAAUUUUACAAAUCCUUUACAGUCAUCCACAAUUAAAAGAAAAAUGAAAGAAUGGUUUGACCAUAGGAUGUUCCUCCCAAGAGAGACGGAGCAAACAACAAUGCCAUUUGACAACCCAACACUAACAGGAUUUGAAGAAAAAGCAAGUGAAGGUUAUGAAAACCAAAAAAGUUGUUACCUUCCAUUGAGCCCAAAAGAUUUAGCCUUUGUGUACUGCAUCAAACAAGAUUCACAUCCCUUUUUAGUGUGGGAUUGCUUGAGAGUAAGGGAGUCCGAGACCAGACCCUGCUCAUCCCCUAUGGUGAUGUACCAUAACUACAUCACAAACCUCCUCCAGAAAGUCAAAAGUCUCAUCCAGCUAGGAAGACUUCACAUCCAAAUUUCUCUGGCUAACUGUAUGGACUUUCCCCAAGAACACAAGUCUCUCAAGAUGUUAAACUAUGACCGCAUCUUCACAUCUAAUCUCAGUGACUACCUUGGGUUUGCCGGGUUACUACAAAAUUUCAAAAUGCUUCUUAAUUCAAGUAACCACUUCUCAGUAAUUGUUACUGAAACAAUGAAAUGGACAGAUCAUCUACCUCAGGCUGUCUGUAUGUAUGGACAUAAAGAAUAUGUAUCAUGCCUUAAAUCAUGCUGGAGGGAUACAGGCAGGAAUCCUGCGCAAAACCCUAUGCAAGCUAAUGAGGUUAGUUUUCAUAUGUCUAUGGAAUACUUUGAUAAUUGCCCUUACUUUAUUGCAUAUUUGCGUGCACAAAUCAAGGCAGGGGGAUUUGGAGUACAACAAUUGACUAAAGUGCCUUCAUUUGGCGAAGUGAUGAAGUACAAUGGUCUAGAAAUGCGUGACUUUCGUAAGAAGCUGAAUCGUCUUGUCCCAUUUCAUCAUCGAGUCAAUGCUCGUGAUUUGACCAUUAUAAGAACUGCUGACAGAGCAGUGGAGUGGUGUCUGCCACACAUCGAUGGCUAAUGGCAAAAGAAAACUUACAUUUAAGUUCAAUAUAGCUUAAUCUGAUUGUGUACAUGUAUGUCUCACUGUAAAGACUCAUUCAUACUAGGGUCAAACUUUGUUCAUUCAGUCAAAAAGUUGCUUAACUUGUGUGAAGGUUAUGAUGAGUGCAUUCUACUUGCUCCAUUUUAACUUGGAGUAAAGAGUUUACCAAACACACCAUUUUCAACAUUUAUCUUGAUCAUGUGCACAUUUGACUCACACAUCAAUAGAAAAAAGACUCUAAAAAUUGUUCCUUUAAUAACAAUCUGAUAAAAACCAGAUUUCAGGUUAUAGUAUUUAGACUGAAUUCAACCUGCAGGAACAUUUUCAGUUACAAAGCAGAGUCUCAUCUUUGUGGACAAACAACCUGUAGAAAUGAAACUUUAUGAAGAAGUUGCUGGCUUUUGUAGCCUUCAAUGAGGAUUCUGCAAACAAAUAUGGCUUGCAUGCUUCA